UAAAAACGUAGUUACUUAAAAAGAUUGGGAGAUUUUCUGUUCCUUAUCAAUGGAGAUUUCCUGGCACGUGCCCCACCCAAGGCCCACGCCCAGAGCGCUCGAGUGGCAGGACAACAACCGCUGACAUCUUCCCGUUCCGACGCCACAGGCUGCUCCGAGCUCCGCCUUUUAGAUUGCACAGAGAGAAACCAGCGACAGCUUUGAGUCCAGGCCGGGUUUUCAAGCAUCAAGACGGAAGUAACAGCGGAAAGGAAGUUCCAGGGCCCGCGCUGGGAAAGAGGUGGGGGGACCUAGGGAAGACUCAGGGUGCGAUGGCGGCGCAAAUUCCAAUUGUGGCCACCACUUCCACUCCGGGAAUAGUCCGGAACAGCAAGAAGAGGCCGGCCAGCCCGUCCCACAAUGGCAGCAGCGGCGGGGGCUAUGGCGCCAGCAAAAAGAAAAAAGUGUCUGCCUCCAGCUUUGCGCAGCCGUGCCUUUCGCCUUCCACCAUGAUUGUGAGGCCUCCCCAGCCACGUGGAACUACGUGCCUUUUGCCUUCCGCCAUGAUUGUGAGGCCUCCCCAGCCACGUGGAAAUGGUAUCAGCAUGGAAGCCAUGAAUGAGAAUAAAGUGGUGCCCUCUGAGUUUAGCACAGGACCUGUGGAAAAAGCUGCCAAACCUUUGCCAUUUAAGGAUCCCAACUUUGUGCACUCUGGCCACGGUGGCGCAGUAGCUGGCAAGAAGAACAGAACCUGGAAGAACCUGAAACAAAUCCUCGCUUCCGAAAGGGCAUUGCCGUGGCAACUGAACGAUCCUAACUACUUCAGUAUUGAUGCUCCUCCAUCCUUUAAGCCAGCUAAGAAGUAUUCUGAUGUUUCAGGUCUGCUUGCCAACUACACAGACCCCCAGAGCAAACUGCGGUUCAGCACCAUUGAAGAGUUUUCCUAUAUUCGGAGGCUGCCCUCUGACGUCGUCACCGGCUACCUGGCCCUGAGGAAGGCCACAAGCAUCGUUCCCUGAGCCCGAGAAAGGGAGAUGAAGUGGAAAGCUGUUUCAAAAACAGACUCUGGACUCGUGAUUUUGUUUCACGGAAAACAAACUCGUUCUGCUGUCAAUCUGAAAAUGCCAGUGCUGUGCCUUGGAAAGAAUGUUUGGCUUUCAUUUAAGGGUUUUUUUGAGUGUGUGUUUUCCCUCCAAGUGUGAUAUUUCCUGCUGAAUUAAAUUAUACUUCAGUUGUUGCCUCAAGUAAAGGUGUUUGACAAGAAAAUACAAUGAAACUAUACUUUUCAUUUAUCCCAAGUCCCUGAAUUUUUGUUUUAAAGUAGUGAACCCCGUAUAACACAUUGAAAGACUCUGCAGUGAAUCCACAACAGGUCUGGAUUACUUCCAAUCCUGGCGACCCCCUUUUAGAGCGUGUUAGUCUUUGUCUCUGAUCAGAAUGCUUGGAAGAAUUCCAAAAUUGGGUCCAGAGAAGAAAGAGGCAAGUAACUUGUUCUGUCCCACUGGGCUGGUUCUCACCUGAGCCUCUGCCUCAGAUCAGCCUCCCCUCAUCUUUGGGAGUGUGGGGUACCAGCAUUCACACUCUGUCCCAAAAGGGCUUUCGUCUUGGUAGAGGAUGCCGCCCCUCUGGCUGCAGCCUGCUCCAGAAAGGGAGUGUUUGCAUCUCCAUCCUCCAAGAAGAGGAAGCAUUUUCUUGGCCAGAGAAAGGAGAGUGUCGAGACAAGUCCUGGGCCUCUCUGGGCCCUAUGCCUGCAUUUCCCCAGGGAGGACAGUGGAAACAGGCCCUGGGGCUUCUGGACCACAGCUGCCUCUGCUUUGGGGGAUUAGGCACCAGGUGUCCUUUCUCUCUGGGGAAAGCCCUUCUUCAGGCUUAGAGAAAAUAAAACAAAGCAAGUCAGCUGGGAGAGCAGCCUGUGCAGGUGGCAGCUGCCUGGAACCAGGCUCCUUUUCCUCCAGGCUGGCAGCCCCAUGAUCCUUCAGCACCUUCCCAAUAACCGUGAGAGCGGGGGAGGUGCUGUGGGGCCUCCCCCUGUCUCCAUGACAAGGGACCUGAGGGGAUGGCCAGAAGAGGUGGGGCCUUUCCUAAGCCCAAAAUCACCGAGCAAGCAUCAGAAUCACCCGGGAGCCUGCUGUGACACAGAUUAGGGAGCCUGUCUCCCCGAAGUACCUGAUCAGUAGGUGGUCUGGGGUGGGGCCCAAGAAUUUGCAUGUUUGCUUUGAUGAUGCUUUGAGGUCCACUUUUCUGAUAAAAUCAGUGGUUGCUGAAAGACUAGAGGCUGCUGCUUGGUUUCCGCCUGCACUUCCUGCCAGCUGUCCGCCUAGGAAAACGCCAGCUUCUGUUUUGGUAGAAGCAAGGAGUGAAUGAGCCAAGGGUCCUUCCUGCUUCGCUUCCACCUUCUAUUGUACAGAGAAAACUUGGGGCAGGUCCACUUCUUUUCCAUGAAGGUCCCCAGUUGGACAGUGCCCUGAAAUCACUUCUAACACUGAUGCUAGGCACCACCUCAGACCUACCGCUCAGACCAGGGGCAGGGCCCAGGGUUGAAGAGGGAAGCCCUGCCCUGCAUGUGUUCACCAGGAAAGGCCCACAGACUGCUGCUCCUGGAGGCCUCUCAGGGUUUCUGGAUGUGUGUGUGUUCCAUAAACCCUCAGAGAGUCACCUGGAGACCUGCUAAAAUGCAGGUUCUUGGGCCACAUCCUAAACCUUCUGACCGACCCAGGGAGCGGGGCCCAGGAAGCUGCUUUUGACAGAUAUUCCCGUGUGAUCAUCACGCACAGAGGAGUGAGAGAACCAGUGUUCUCCCUGGGCAGAAGGGAACCUCACCCUGCCUUUCCCAUUCCCCUGCCAGGCUCUCCCCGCUGACAUUGUUUCGCAGGAGAGCUGUGAAUUCUGAAGAUUAGGUUGCUUCUCACCCCAAGCUCCAGAAGUCUAGGCUGAGCCAAACCAAGCUUCAAGUUGUGAGUAUUUUGAAUAAUGAGCCCUUGCUCAUUAAUCGAUCCUGUACUGAAAUAGCCCUUGCUGUCCAUGCUUUAGCCCGGUGGUUCUCAGGCCGGGCUGCAUGUUAGCAUCACCUGUGUGGGUGGGGGUGUCCAGGAGAGGGACGGUGACGGAGGUUUAAAAAUGCCCGGAGAUUCCGAUUCCGCUAGCCUGCGCAGGGGCCCCGACAUAGUAUUUUAAACUCCCAAGAUGCUUCUCAUAUGCAGCCAGUGUUGAGAACAUUUGCUGUAACUAUGAAGAGAAUAUUUCAUGUAAGGUGCAUUUUCUUAUUCUCAGAUCAGCUGGCUCUUUCCAUCCUAGGGCCAUGAGCAACUUGCAAGGGGUUUCUUUGGGGUGUGUGUGCAUGUAUGUGUGAAUUUAGGGCUCCUUUUUACAUGGCAUCCCACACUGGAGUCAGAAACAUGAAUGCCAUUGCAGAUUCCUCCCUCUUCAUUCCUAUAUCACCCUCUUCGUCUUCUACUUGGCCCUGCUCCAAUCCUCCUUCAGAAUCACCUCAUACCCUGCCUGACACUUUCAGUGUCCUCCUAACAACUUUGAAUGACUUUGCCCAUCACAGCGUAUCUACUGAUCAUUUGCCUCUGAUACGAAGUCAAUUCUUGUAUUGGUCUGCAGGAUCCAAAAGAAAAACUCAGCCCUUUUAAGAGAAAAACAAUUAGCUGGACUUGAGAAACCCUCUUAAGACAAAACUCAGGUCCAGUCUGCUCUGACUGGAGUUUGACUCUCUCUUAAUCUGGUAUUGGGCAUGGUUUAAAACAACCUGUAACGUUGAAGAUAUGCUCUUCAGAAGCGGAAGGAAGUCCCUGUAGGUGAGGGGGACCCAUUUUCCCCCAUCUCCCAAGUUAAAGCAUGGAUCUGUCCAGAUUUUAAAUGUGUUUCAUAAUUCAUUUGGCACCUGGUAGAGGGCUAAACAUGUUUGCAAUAAGAAAUCUCUAAUUGCUGAAUCCAUAGUCAUUGGAAAAAGAUAUCAGACAUUUGUUACUGUUUCCAGUGUCUGUAAAUUGGGAGUGUUUAACUUAGUAAAAAUAAAAGGUAACGAAAGAAAUCAAUGGACUAUGGAACUUGACCCCAUUAUCAAAUAGGACAGAUAUCCUGGGGAGAGAUUACAAAAUAUGGCCUCUCACAAAUGCGUGAAACAAUAGUGCCAUUUAAAAUAAUGUUCUAUCUGAUGGACAUAUGUGGGCCUUAUUUGGAUCCUCAUUCAAACAAACAAAAAAAAAACUUUAAAAUUUUGAGACAAUUGGGAAUCUGAUAUAUUUUGAUAUCUGAUAAUAUUUUGGAAUUCUCACAAAUAGUUGUGAUUAUGCUAUUGCAAUGUUAAAAUAAAGAAUUCAUAUUUUUAGAGACACCUACUGAAAUAUUUAUGGAUGGAAUGAUAUGACAUCUGGGAUUUGCUUCAGGAUGAUAUGAGAGAGAGGAAGUGGAUGAGAAUCGUGUUGAAAUAAGAUUGGCCAUGAGUCAAUUAUAGUUAAAGUUGAGUGAUAAGUCCGUGGGGGUUCUUUAUGUUAUUCUACUUUUGGUGUACGUUUGCAUUUCUUCAUAAUAAAAAAGCUUUCAAAAAGAA